AUGGGCAACCCCAUCUCGUCGCGCUCCAGCCAGCUGUCCCUGACCGACCCCAAGGUCUGCCGCUCCUACCUGGUCGGCACCUGCCCCCACGACCUCUUCACCAACACCAAGCAGGACCUGGGCCCGUGUCCCAAGGUCCACUCCGAGUCGCUCAAGGCCGAGUGGGACGGCCUGCCCGACGCCCAGAAGAAGCGCCACGGCUUCGAGUACGACUACAUGCGCGACCUGCACAAGUACAUCGACGACUGCAACCGCCGCAUCGACUCGGCCCAGCGCCGCCUCGAGAAGACCCCCGACGAGAUCCGCCAGACCAACGUCCUCCUCAAGUCCAUCGCCGACCUGGCCGCCACCAUCUCCGCCGGCCUGGCCGAGAUCGAGGUCCUCGGCUCCCUCGGCGACGUCAGCCGCGCCUACGACGAGUUCUACAAGGUGCGCCUGGCCGCCGCCCAGAGGGCCGAGCGCGAGCGCGAGCUCAAGGCCCUCAGCGACACCUCGGGCCCCAGCGGCCACCAGAAGCUGCAGGUGUGCGAUGUCUGUGGCGCCUACCUGAGUCGCCUCGAUAACGACCGCCGUUUAGCCGAUCAUUUCUACGGCAAGAUGCAUCUGGGCUACGCGCAGAUGCGCCGCACCUAUGAAGCCUUUCCCAAGGAGAUGAGAGGCGGCGGCAGAGGGCCACCGAGGGGCCCUAGCAUGGAUGAGGGGCCCCGGGGCGAUGAUAGCAUGGGGUCUGGGGAUUGGAAGGGCCCGAGAGGGCCGAGGAGAGGUGGAUAUGGUGGUGGUGGCGGCGGCGGCGGAGGCGGCGGCGGAAGGGGAGGCAGGGGUUUCAGAGGCGGGUGGUAG